CGCCCAGGAUCCGGGCACCAGGGUCUGCCCCGGGGUCCCGCGGGCUACAUCUCGCCCCUAACGGAGAGACCAGAGUGGCUAGAGGAGCCCCCAUUUUGCCUUCCCUCACCAGGGGCCUUCUCCCCUAGGAUGCUGCAGACCUUGUAUGACUGCUUCUGGUGGGAACGGCUGUGGCUGCCUGUGAACCUAACCUGGGCUGACCUAGAGGAUCGAGAUGGACGUGUCUACGCCAAGGCCUCAGACCUCUACAUCACACUUCCGCUGGCCUUGCUCUUCCUCAUCAUCCGAUAUUUCUUUGAGCUUUACGUGGCUACACCGCUGGCUGCCCUCCUGAACGUAAAGGAGAAGACUCGGUUGCGGGCGCCCCCCAACCCCACCUUGGAGCAUUUCUACCUGAAGAGCGGCAAGCAGCCCAAGCAGGCUGAGAUCGAGCUGUUGUCACGGAGUUGUGGGCUCUCUGGCCGCCAGGUGGAACGUUGGUUCCGUCGACGCCGCAACCAGGACCGGCCCAGUCUCCUCAAGAAGUUCCGAGAAGCCAGCUGGAGAUUCACGUUUUACCUGAUUGCUUUCAUCGCUGGUAUGGCUGUCAUUGUGGAUAAACCCUGGUUCUAUGACUUGAGGAAAGUCUGGGAGGGGUACCCAAUACAGAGCAUCAUCCCCUCCCAGUACUGGUACUACAUGAUCGAGCUCUCCUUUUACUGCUCCCUGCUAUUCAGCGUCGCCUCCGAUGUCAAACGCAAGGAUUUCAAGGAGCAGAUCAUCCACCAUGUGGCCACCAUCCUCCUCCUCAGCUUCUCCUGGUUCGCCAAUUACGUCCGGGCAGGGACUCUCAUCAUGGCCCUCCACGACUCUUCUGACUACCUGCUUGAGUCAGCCAAGAUGUUCAACUACGCGGGAUGGAAGAACACCUGCAACAACAUCUUCAUCGCCUUCGCCAUUGUCUUCAUCAUCACUCGGCUCGUCAUCCUGCCCUUCUGGAUCCUGCACUGCACAGUGGUGUACCCCCUGGAGCUCUAUCCUGCCUUCUUUGGCUAUUACUUCUUCAACUCCAUGAUGGGAGUGCUGCAGCUGCUGCAUGUCUUCUGGGCCUACCUCAUUCUGCGCAUGGCCUACAAGUUCAUAACUGGAAAGCUGGUAGAAGAUGAACGCAGUGACCGCGAAGAAACGGAAAGCUCCGAGGGCGAGGAGGCUGCAGCUGGGGGAGGAGCAAAGAGCCGGCCCCUGGCCAACGGCCAUCCCAUUCUCAACAACAACCAUCAUAAGAAUGACUGAACCCUGGUCCCCGCUGCCCCCCAGAUGGAUGCACACAGCCAAAGACUGCCCCGCUCUCCCCACAGGGUCACUUCAGGCUCUGGGGAGAAAGGAGAGAGAGGAGAGUUCUCUGUGCUGCUUCGUCACCCGGUCGCCUUUAAACCAAAUUCUGACUAACCCUGUCCUCACAUAGAGGGGAGGUCGGUUAUAGCCCGUUCGAGGGGAUGGCAGGUUGUCUUCUCUGUCCUCCAAGUUGUCCUUUCCAUUGUUUUUGAGACCCUUCCUCAGCUCUGUGGGUGGGGUUUACAAUCCACAUUCCUUAGACUUCAGAUUGGGCCCUCGUGUUUGCUCCGUCUCUCUGACCUCCAGAGCCAGGGUUGUGCCUUACUGUGCUGUCUGUGGGCCUCAUUCUGCCAAGGUUGGACCACCUCUAAGCCCCCUACUUGGGCCAGAAACCAAAGCUGAGCUGCCUCUAACCUCUCCCUUCUAAGACAAACAGACUGAGUGUAGGAGGGUGCACGUGACCCUUACCCUACCUCUGCCAAAAGCGGGGACUGUGCCAACGGUCUUCCUUCAUGUUACUUCUUCGCCAGCUACCCCUGUAGCCACAGGUUCAAGAUCCAGCUGCCUUUCUCUGGCACCUUCUUCUUCUUCUCUUCGGCUAGGCUAGCUGGGUUUGGGGUAGAAUGGCAACUAGUUUUAAUUUUUAUUUAUUAAACAUUCGGAGUUUUGGUUUUAAAGCCAGAAUUACGGCUAGUACCUGGCAUUUCAGCAGAGGGACCAUUUCAGACCAAAAUGUACUGUUAAUGGUUUUUUUUAAUUAAAAUAUAUUAAAGAUUAAAACAUGGUAA